GGCGUUGGAGCCUGGGGGAGCCCGGGGAAGCCCCUGCCCUCGCUGACCUCCCGGCAGCUUCUUGACCACGGAGGGCUCUGCUUUCCUCGCCCCUCUGCCCUUCCCUGGGGGAGCGAUUGGUCGCUACACGCACGGGGAGCUGCGCGCAGCCCGCGGGCCCCCGGCCGCUUCCCUUCUCCCCACUUUCCCGGGCAGUCGUACAAAGAAGCGCCUGGCAGAGAUGCUUGUUUAUCGUGUUCCUUGACGGUGUAUUAGGGUGCUGAGUGGAAGCAAAACCGCUUCAAUCCAGCAAUACAAAGAGAGCCUGUAUAUAGCCAAAGGCAAAAAUGUGCAAAGGGCAGAGCAGCACAACAAAAAGAUGUGUAGUUGCAGAGAUGUUCAUUGUUUAAAGCCAAGGCAAAUGCUUCUGCAGGUCAGUUCUUCACCAGAGCUAACUAGAUUAAAGUUAAAAUUUCACGUUGUGUGAGUGACCCACCUCCUCCCUCCUGUCAGCCUGGCAGGAGAAGCAGGACUGGCCUUUAUGGUCUGGCUGGUGUCCUGCUGCCAUUUAGUGUGGUCCAAGUUGGAUCAUGUGGAAUAAGGUGCGUGAAGGGCUCAUGUGGACAUGUAAAGAAUAACUUUCCCCAAAACUUUUUUCCUAACCUCUUUGUGGAGGAGUGGGUCUUUGCCUUGAAGGGGUUUCAUUAAAGAAAAUGCUCGGUGUCUGACAAGAAGAUACUCAGCAUCCCAUGUACUGAGACAGUUAUUUUCUCUCUCGUUUUCAGCUAUAAAUAGGCCCUAGCUUUUAAAGUAUGGAGCUGUCCUGAUUUUCAUCUGGUCCAGCCUCAUUUUGAAGAAGAAUAUCUAUUUUAAUAUCUGGUUCAGGUCCUAAGUACUAUCUGUAUAUUAUGAAACUAUACAGUGAAAAUAUUCACAGGAAAGUUGGGCCAAAUCAUGCAAUCCUUAAACUGGCAAGACUUGUGUAAGGCUGCAUGCUUGGCCCCUCCUGAAGGACUUAAUAGCAUGGCACAUAAAACUUGGCUUUUGAAUAUUUCAAAUGAAGAAGUCUCUAUUCUGAUGUCAAGUAUGUGGAUACUCUCUGCCAAGUACCUUGAAUCCAUCUUCUGCACUUACAAUAGGAUUUCACAGUGCUUUUUUGUUCUUUUGACACACUAAACAGCAUGCACCCAAAUAUCUGAAGUGAGGACAGCAAUUAAAGUCUACAUUUAUACUGAUGUGAAAGAUGCCAGAGUUACUAACCUAGCUAUAGAAUGGUAUAAUACACACCUAACAUAAGAUUUAACCUCAGUUAAAAUUGCUUGGUAAUAUGUACCAGGUAAUAUGAUAGUUUGGUAAAAGCUUUACAGAAAGAGCCUUAGUAAGAAAUCUGUAAGUAUUGCAUGUCCAGAUAUAAUGGGAAAGUUUAAAUUGUUUCAAUGGAUCGACUGUAUCUGAGAUACUAGGAUAUACCAGAUAAACAGCAUGCUACCACUUUUAAUUACCCCCCAAAAAAUUCCAUAAUUACAAAAUAUUUCCUGCCAGUAAUUUUUAUUUGUGCAUAUGUAGAGAAUAAUUUAAGAUGCCCAGGCCCCAAAACAGGGUUAUCAAAACAAUAAGACUAUGGUGUUUGUAGUUUUGAAUAAUAUAUAAGGUAAUGAUCAAUAGUCCCUUACAGGGAAUACAUUUCAUCUUUACAUUAGCUUGGCUAUAAAUUUUCACUAUUGGCUUCAACUUGUGUUAGAUUUAUGUGAUUCAUGCCUGUUAUUGAUUAGUGCACAACUAUUUUGUGGGAGAUGCCAAAUUAAUUGUUUAAAAAAAUCCAUGAAAGUGCUUUUUUAUUGGCCACGUGAGACUGGACACAUAGUAUAUUGUUGUUUUAUUAUUCCAUUUAAAUAUAGUUUCCAGUAAGCUUUAAAAAUAGUUACAUGAACAUUUACAAAAUAUAUUGAAAAUGCUACUCUCUGCUUUAUAUUGUGGCUCAGAAAGUAGUGUAAUGCAGCAAUGUGCUUCUGAAUGUUGCUGGACAACUCCUGUGAAAUCACUGCAGUCUUACAUGAGCAUUCCCAAAUAGGAAGAAAUUUCCAUUUUUUCCACAAGACUUCUACGUUUAUGCAGGGUUUGGCUGAUAGUAUCCCCAUUGGAAAGGUAAGCAAUUUGCAGGGAAGGCUGCCAAAAAAUCCCCAAACCCUCAGAACCAGAUGAGCUGCUAUUUGAUACAGAUACUUGCUCUGCUUUGCACAUUGAUGCUGAACCUAGGAGCUUUACUGAAGCAGUGCCCCCUUCUCUGCAAAAUGUUCUCAUCUCUAAUGCACAGAAGUCUGUGUGAGGUUGCUGUUAUGUGCAUGGUAAGACUUAAUCAUUUAUACACUGCUACUUAGGUUUAGAAUAUUUUAAUUUUUGAAUUUAAGAUGAGUAAAAGAUAAUACACCAGACAGAAUGGUUACUAUCUAGGCAGAAAUGUGUGAGACUGGACUAUACUAAGGAUUUUCAUUUGUCAAGCCUCUAGAAGAUCAUACAGUGAGUAAGCCUUUCCCCACAUUCCCAAUUCACUGAUGCCUGCAAUGAGAUCUUUUGGUUCCAUGUGUAAUAUUUUUAUGUCACAAUUCUGAUUCAAAUGUAUGUUUUCAGAAUUUAUUUUGCAAGACAAAUUUCAUAGGCUCUUUCAUACUGCUAAUUUUGGCAGUCUAAAAACUUGGGGUUAUUUUCUUUGAAAUAUUUUAUUUGUUGUGCAAAUCAGAAUAUGACUGAGCUUUAGAUCCGUGUUUAUAAAUGAUGAGAAAGAUUGAGAGUAAUCUUUUAAUUUGGUACAUUAAAGCUGUCUGCAAUGCAUCAUUCUAGCAGAGACUCAAGGGGCUUCUUCACUGUUCGAGUAUCAUACUUUAAGAUUUAUUCAUCUGUUCCUUGUCUUUGUCCAAACAACUCUGGGAAUGGGAAAACACCUUUGAAAAUAGCUGCUUGUCACUCAGGGAUCAGCCACAUCUGGAAAAAAAAAAGUAUCUUUCAAUGGAAAAAUAUGUACAUUGCUUGUUUUUUUCCCUUGCGUUUUGUAGGUAUACUGGAAUUUAUCAGUAUAGCAGUGGGCUUGGUCAGCAUCCGAGGAGUCGACAGUGGACUCUACCUUGGAAUGAAUGAGAAAGGGGAACUGUACGGCUCGGAAAAAUUAACCCAGGAAUGUGUAUUCAGAGAGCAGUUUGAAGAAAACUGGUAUAACACAUAUUCUUCAAAUCUAUAUAAACAUGUGGACACUGGAAGACGAUACUACGUUGCGUUAAAUAAAGAUGGGACUCCAAGAGAAGGGACUAGGACUAAACGGCAUCAAAAAUUUACACAUUUUUUACCUAGACCAGUGGACCCUGAGAAAGUACCGGAACUAUAUAAGGAUAUUUUAAGCCAAAGUUGACAAAGACAAUUGCUUCACUUGAGCCCUUAAAAAGUAACCACUAUAAAGGUUUCAUGCGGUGGGUUCUUAUUGAUUAGCUGUGUCAUCACAUCAGCUCCACUGUUGCCAAACUUUGUCGCAUGCAUAAUGUAUGAUGGAGGCUUGGAUGGAACAUGCUGAUUUUGUUCUGCACUUAAAGGUUUGUCCUCCUGGAGGAGAGCCUAUGCCCACUCGCUUGAUUUAGUACGAGAGGGAGCGCGAGAGAGUGAGUGCGAGAGAGAGAGAAAGGGAGAGGAUGAAUGGGAGUGAGAGUGCGAGAGAGAGGAGCCAAGGGGAGGAGGAGGAGGAAGGCCUGAUGCAUGCUGGGGAAUAGACACGCUUUUAAAUUUUUGAUCAGUUGUACUUCAUCAUAUAUCAGCAUAGCUGCCAUACUUUGAUUCAUCCGGAUUUUUGGCUGGUGGCCUGCUCAAGUGUACGCUGCAUUUACAAAGGCAUGGAGGGUGCAGUCUUACUUAAACAAGAGACUUUUCAGUUAAUUGCUCUCUGGGUCUCACCCCACUGAGUUUAAAGCAAAGACCUCUUAGUAAAAAAAUAAAAAUAAAAAGUUAAAUUUAUUUAUAGAAAUUCCAAAGGCAACAUUUUAUUUAUUUUAUAUAUUUAUUUAUUAUAUAGAGUUUAUUUUUAAUGAAAUAUGUACAGGCCAGAUAGGCAUUUUGGAAGCUUUAGGCUCUGUAAGCAUUAAACUGGCAAAGGCCACUAUGAACCUGUGGUAAAUUCAUGCAAGUAAAUAUAAAGGUGCAUGGAUAAAAAAAAAAAAAACCAAACAAUAAAAAGGUAAUAAUAAUAAUAAAUUCUAGUGACCCUCAUGUACUAAAGGCGACAAUCUCUUUUGUGCCCGUAUUAUUGUACAAGUAUGCACACCACUCAUGACACUGAGUCCUCACUCUUCUGACUGCUUGUUUCAUAGCUUACCCCCAGAGGAUUAAAGAGAAAACUGGGUCUUCAACUUUGUGUCUGUAAUAUUUCCUCUCUGAUAAAGUGACUUCUUACAUUGUUGUAAACUUCACAGCUGUGGAAAAUAUAGGGUUGGAAUACAUUCUACUUGUUAAAACCUAUUGCAUAUUAUACCAAAGCUAAAUGAUAAAUUUGCCUUUUUUUUUUUUCCCUAAAGCAGAAUGCCAGAAACAACAUAAAUAAUACCAACAAUUGUACUAAUUUUAAGAUUCCACAAAUAGCACAUAAUUAUUUCAGAGGGCAAGAACCAGGUUAACAGGAUCACUCUUGUAAACAUGUUUAUUUGUGCACUUGACUAUCUACUAUGAAAUUAUACAAGUUCCAUAGGGGUCAUUGUAACAUCUUUUAUGGAAAAUUGCUUUCAGUGUGAACUGUCAUAAUACAUGAUAUUAGCACCCUUCCUAAAGUAAAACUUGCAAAAUGAAACUAAUAAAUCUCUAUCAAUAAUGACAAUGAGGGGGACAGUAUUAGACUUUUUUUUUUUUUUCCUGAAGUAUGUUCAAAUAUUCAUGAACCAUAAGUGAGCCAAUAGUAUGUAAUAUUUAAGGCAUUGUAGCAUUUUAUGUUAAGCACACAAACACGUUGAUUAGCAGUUACCAUUUGGGAAUUAACCCUUAGGAAGAGGCAUUUUUUCCCCAGUACCCUGAAGGAAAAAAAAAAAAAAAGGAGAGAAAUCAUGUAAGGUCCAUUGGUCCAUCUGACAAAUGCAUUUUAUAGUUGUUGUAUUCCUUUAGGAUUUGAAUCCAGUGCCAUUACAUUGAGUGUAACCUUUGCCAUUGGAUCUGUGGGGAGCGUGGCUGGUUUUGACACCCAUGGCUGUCUGCAGAGGCACAGAGGCUGAGCACAGAUAUGCUUUCGAGGAGCUAUACAUAAGUUUGUAGCCUGUUUAUAGUUAAGUCAUUUUUGCUCUAAGGCACUCUUGUCCAUGUGAUAUAUAUUAUUUGAAACAUAAUUCUGUUCUGGAAUAACCUCUGGCUUAGUGUCUUGAACGAACAUGACCUUUCUGUACUCAAGCAGGUGAGGGGGGGCCAUGUCUCAACGAGUGAUAUCAAUAAUCUUAAAUAAAAUGUGGCAUUUUAUUAUAAUUGUUUUGAAUGAUAAAGAUAUGUGAAUUACAUUAGUUGAUUUGUAGGAUACAGUUAGACAUACUUGUCUAGGGACUGUUACUGCCUAGGAAUUUACAGUCUUCGACUGCAGCCCACAAGUUUGUUUUUAACCCUUCGGAGCUGCUGAGACCCGCAGGUAGUUUGGAUGCUGAGGGUCAACCGGGUGGUGAAUCAUUUUGUCCGGGUGGUGCAAAACCAUGCUGGACCAUAGGAAAAGAAAGCAUGCUUCUGGGGAGGACUAGGGUUCAUCGCCCAGUGUUAAACAGAUCAACCCUACCGCAAGGAAGGGAGGUUACAACUCUCGUUCACUAAAUCUGACAUACACCGGGAAAUUAAUUGCAAAGUUUAAAAAUACCAUGAGUUGAGGCCACAAUACUAGGCCACGGUUUGAGUUUUAAUGUUAAAUUGACUUGGAUUUUUAGUCAUAGGCAAAUCAUUACUACUAGUUAACAUGUUUUAUUUAAUUUAUUUUUUUUGUAUUUUUCUAAAGAAAGGAUUAAAUGCAAGAAAAAUGUUAUGAGUUUAUGGCAGUCCAUAUCAAUAAACUGUAACCGAUUUACUCGAAUAACCCAUAA